GAAGGCGCAGAAGGAUGACGUUAAAUUGCCCAGUGCUACACUGCUACCUUCAUGGAUAUAACAUCUUGAAGGUUUUCAAUGGCAGGAGCUGAGCAAGACCGGCCCUUGCCUUUCGCAAGUGUCUGGAGCGGAACAUAAUCAGACAGCUGGGACGAAUUCACCCAUGAUCAUCGUUCACGAUCAAUCAUCAAACGCAUCUUACAAGUUUUGCCGGGAAGUUGGUCGGGCACGCCGGGCACCAAAUACACCGUUCCUCGUAGUAUCAAGUUUGCCAACACUCAGAAUUCCUGUCGACGCAUCUCCAUGUCCAGGCCCGAAAUGUCGGCGAUCCUUCCCAAAAUCAAGCUUUACUGGCUCAACGAGUCCCGCGCGCAGCGCUUUGUCUGGCUGCUCGAGGAGCUUGGCCUGAAGUAUGACGUUGAAAUCUUCAAGCGCGACAAGGACAUGCAGGCGCCUCCCGAGCUGACCAAGAUCCAUCCGCUCGGCAAAUCCCCUAUCCUCACGCUCACCUUUGACCAGGACCCGUCGGACCCGACACGGCAGAAGCAGCUCGUUCUUGCCGAGAGCGGCUUCAUCGCCCAAUAUCUGUGCGAGCACUUCUCCUCCCCGGGGAAACCCCUGUUCCCGAAGCGGUAUCUGGACGGCCAGGAGGGCAAGGUUGGCGGGGAAACUGAGGCUUGGAUGCGCUGCCAGUAUUUUCUGCAUUAUGCAGAGGGGAGCUUCAUGCCGCCGUUGUUGGUGUCGCUUAUUCUCUCAAUUCUGAGAAGCCCCAAGAUCCCCUUCCUCAUCCGCCCCAUCACAGCGGGCGUUGCCGACAAGAUCGCUGCCGCAUUCGUCAUGCCCAACGUGGAUCGACACUUCCGCUUUCUGGAAUCGCAGCUCGAGACGUCGCCAGACAACGGUUCGUAUCUGUGCGGCGCCCAUCUAACCGUCGCCGACAUCCUCCUCAGCUUCCCCCUGGCCGUGGCCAAGGAGAGGAUUGGGGCGCUUGCUGACGGCAAGGGGAAACCGAAGCUGGAGGACAAGUACCCAAAGUUGUGGGCCUACCUGCAGCGCCUGCAGGAAGAGCCGGGCUACAAGCGGGCCGAGGCCAUCAUUGACGAGCUCGAGGGGAAGAGGAAUAAGAGUUGAUUGCAUCGAGCUGAGACAACCGCGUGCUUCUAGUACAUAAGUAUGGUUCCUUUCACUGAUAUCCGUUGUAUACCCUCCUCAUGUUAUGCCAAACACUUUUUGUACAGCCCCCGUCCUUGCACCGGACCCGCAGCUGGGUCACCGCAAAUGCGAGUCCCCUUUUCACUCCGCCCCUGAGCAUCACCGCUUGACAGGCGUCAUAUACACAGGGAACGGAGGCUUGUGAAAUAUAGUGUAAAGUCUUGUCCGUUUGUACCAAUCCUUGAGAUCGACGCCGGGCCGCAAGUCAAAUUCCCAAAUGAUGCGGGCCAGUAUGAGGCGCAUUUCGG